CAUGACUCCAUCUCCUCUCUGUUCAAAUCGCCAUGUUUGUCCGUGGUUCCUCGUCUCGGCGAGGAUCCCCGGAAGCGAGGCAAAUUUUGCCAUCGGAGCAGGAGAUGACGGGGCACAUGACGACAACGCGCCCCGCCGCUACGACCGAGGAGGAGGAGAUGGUCAUGGCCGCCUCUGCAGCGGUCAAUGCCGCGCCACCGGACGCAGACGAUCGGGAGCACUAGAAGAAAGUGCGGGCGAGGAACAAGAAGAAGCGGCGGAGGGUGCCGAGCGAGGAGGAGCUGGCCGCGCUGAGGUCCGUGCUCCGCUGGGCCCGCCACGGCAGAGGCGGACGACGAGGAGGAGGCGGACUACGCGCACCUGUUGCCGGCUGGGAGGCGGCGGCCGCGCGUGACGGUGGAGCUGCAUGCGCACUCGGCGCGCAGCGACGGCUUGCUCUUGCCCGCGGCGCUCGUGGAGCGCGCACACCGCAAUGGGUACAGGUGAAGGUGCUCGCACUGACUGAUCAUGACACCAUGGCCGGUGUCCCGGAGGCGAUGAAGUCGGCAAAGGAAUUUUCCAUCAGGAUCAUCCCAGGUGUUGAGAUAAGCGCCCUUUAUUCGCCUAGGUAACCCUUUUCUCGCCACCCUAAAAUUUGUAACACGCCUUGAUGGUCACACAGAUGUGGUUAAUUCUCAAAGUUGUUAAUUGUUCUGAAAGCAAUGGAUCAGGAGCGGAUGAACUUGUUCAUAUUAUCGCAUACUACGAUAGUUGGGGCCCUGGGAAAUCUCAGGAAGUAGAGAAGGUUCUAUCUAGCAUCAGGGAGGGCCGCUAUACACGUGCCAAGGAGAUGCUAUCGAAAUUUAGGAACCUCGGCAUGCCAUUGAACUUUGAAGAUGUGUCUACUAUAGCAGGGAAUGGAGUGGCUCCAGGGCGGGUGCACGUGGCGCGUGCCAUGGUUGUAGCUGGAUAUUUUGAUAAUCUUUUUUUAAGCCCAGAACCGUGGAAUAAUCGUUCUACGGUAUAUUUUCAUUGAAAGAAAAAAACAACAAAAAAGAAAAGGAAAACAGUAUCUGCAUAAAUUGGUAACAUGGGCAAGCUUUCAGCAGGUACUUGUACGAUGGAGGGCCUGCUUAUGCUACUGGCAGUGAGCCAGAUGGGAAUCUGUUGUGCAGCUAAUAUAUACAGCUGGGGGCAUAGCUGUUUUGGCUCAUCCGUGGGCAUUGAAAAUCCUAUUCUUGUGAUAAAGGAUUUGAAAGUUGAUGGUCUGCAUGCUAUUGAGGUCUAUCGAAGCGAUGGAAAACUAUCUAGUUUGAGUGAUCUGGUUGAUACUUAUGAGCUUCUGAAGCUCGGUGGAUCAGAUUACCAUGGACGAGAUGACAAGGAAGAACCUGAUAUAGGAAGCGUUGAUCUUCCAGUCUUGGCAUUUUUUAGAUUUCUUGAGGUAGCUCAACCAAUUUGCUGCAAUGCUAUCAAGGAAAUUUUUGCAAACACCACUGAAAGAUCAUAAGUAUAUAUGGCCCAAAAGGAUGUCAUCGGACUAUCUCUGUAGAUGAUUUAUGUAAUAGGUGCCUUUCUUCUCCAGAACUGGAGGAAACAGGUGAUUCUGAGAUUGAGGUCCUCCGGGGGAAACUUGCAGACAGACGACAAUUCUGUUCAUAAAGGAACCAUCGUUCUCAUCGGCGGCUGCAGGCUGUUGUGUGACACAGAGAUCUCAUUUUUCUAGCAACUACAGGCACUCAGUCAAGCACUAGGAAGAAGGGAGUUGGUCAGACGAUUAUCUGAUGACCUGAUAUGCUACCUGGUGUCUUUUAGUAACAAAUAUAACUUCUUCUCCAGAAAAAAGAACAUUGAGAGGCAUGCUACAGUUUAUUUUGCCCUGAGAAUUGCUCAUAAUUUUGUAACAAAGACAAACAUGCCAGUAGACCUCUUACACUUGACUCCGGCACCUCUUUCUAGAAAUAGAUGGAACUGAAGUUUCCUGUUCGAUAUUUUUACAUACCUUUUGUCUAGGCCAAAGGUGUGAUUCUUCAGGGUUAAUACUUCAUAUAUUGUUAGCUCUUGAUUCUUGUAGGACAUUUAUGACAAUUUAGCUUCAAAUCUAUUCGUAUUUUUUCUGGGACAUUUAUAAGUGUGUGCCCAAGCUUCAAGUAUGUAUAGUGCGCACACUUUGUUCGACAAAUUAUAAUCCCA